CCCGCCCCUCAGACCAGCCGGCUCGCUCCGGCUCGCUCCAGUCCGGGGCGCCCCCCGCCCCGCCCCGCCCCGCCCCGCCCCCUUCGGCCGGGGCUCCCGAGACGUUGCACCGCGACCCCGCACCUCUGCGAACAUGGCGCUACGAGCGGUGCGGAACAUGCGGUCUGCGGCCUGCAGCCUGCGCGCCGCCUCCGCGCCCGCCGCGCCUUGCCUGCCGCGGCCCUGGGGGCUGAGGGCGGGCGCCGUCCGGACGUUGCGCACGGGCUCCGCUCUGCUGUCUGUGCGUAAAUUCACAGACAAACAUGAAUGGAUAACAACAGAAAAUGGUAUUGGAACAGUGGGAAUCAGCAAUUUUGCACAGGAAGCUUUGGGAGAUGUUGUUUACUGUAGUCUGCCUGAAGUUGGGACAAAAUUGAACAAGCAAGAGGAGUUUGGUGCUUUGGAAAGUGUGAAAGCUGCUAGUGAACUCUAUUCUCCUCUAUCAGGAGAAGUAACUGAAAUUAAUGAAGCUCUUGCAGAAAAUCCAGGACUUGUCAACAAAUCUUGUUAUGAAGAUGGUUGGCUGAUCAAGAUAACACUCAGUAAUCCUUCAGAACUGGAUGAAUUGAUGAGUGAAGAAGCAUAUGAGAAAUACAUAAAAUCUAUUGAGGAGUAAAAAUGGAACCCCUAAAUAAACUAGUAUGAAACAACUUAAUCUAGCAUAGUUGUCUUAAAUUAAUGGUGCACAGAGGAUUUAAAAUGGCAACUUUUAGCAAUACCAGUGCAAAAAGAAACUACUUGCAACAAUGUUAAUGAAAGAAAACACCCCUUAACUUUCUAACGAUUGCCUAUAAACACAGUAUGUAUAUUUUUUUGCAACACCCGAUGAUUUUUAGGCUAGGCUGCAGUUAUACUAUUCAGAAUCCUGAAAUCAGCUGUGGUUAGAAAUUAGUUAUAAAAACUAUGUAAUUCCAGGAUAACAAUGUCAUCUUAAACCUUUGGGAAUUUUCACUUGCUUACAUCUAUACCUGGAUUGGGGUCAAAAUACUUAAAUGAUCUGUCCAUUGGAAAUAAGUGGCAGUGGAGAAAGGUCUGUUAGCUGUAUAGUGUCAGAUAAAGAACAAUAUUAUCUUAAUUUUGUAAUAUACUGUGCUUGCUGGUGCUAUUUUUAUAUGGUGAAGCAACAGCCUUGCAGGAAGAUAGUUUAAUAAAACAUUCAACUUCAUUAA